GGCCCCAGAACGCAUAAUCCAUCCCAGGACAGGAUCCUUUAUUGAAUUCAAUCAAAACGUCUGCAAGCCGCCAGAACAGGUGGAAUAAUUUUAUUUAAAUACUCACCAAACUUGGCGUUAUUCUCCAAUUCUAAAUGGACCCUGAAGAUUAUCCAAGUGAUAGCGACGCUAGCGAUGAAGAUUUUCGUCCAGAGAAAGAAGACGGUGAUUCUGUUAGUGAAGUAGAUUCCGACGAUAAUGUAGAAGGCCACGACGCAGAAGACGACGAGAAAACUGGUGGAGGGAAGAAGCGAAAACGGAAGACCAAAGAGACCGACAAGAAAAAAGCCAAACUUGGCAUGGCUGUAAGUCUUCAAGAGAAAGAAUCUGCCCAAGAGGAGAAAGUACUGGAUGAAGAGGAUGAGGAGCGUCUGACGGAUGCCCUUUGGGCAGAUUUUUUAGCCGGUAGUGGAAGUUCCAACGGCUCUGCGAGCACCUCGUCGAAUACACCUACUCCUGUUAGAAAAUAUCCUCCGAAGACAACAAUUACAUCAGAACCAAAAAAAGUGGCGGAACCUGCUCAAACUACGACAAUCACCAAAAUUUUCGAAUUUGCUGGAGAAGCCGUUGAAGUAACGGAAGAAAUUCCUAAAAGUAAGGUUGAUUCCUCUAUGCCGACUGGAAAGAUUGCUCUAGCGACAUCAAACGGAAAUGGUGGCCCCUCUAAACCUUUUCUAGGUCGUUCUUCCGGGGGUGGCCUAGGAGCAGUAUUAAAUCAAAUUGGCAAAAAGAACAAGUUGAGUACGCUGGAGAAAACAAAACUUGAUUGGAACAAAUUCAAGCGCACCCAAGGAAUCGCAGAGGAACUGCAGACCCACAACAAAGGCAAGGAUGGUUAUUUGGAAAGGCAAGACUUUCUUCAGAGAGCGGAUGUGCGUCAGUUUGAAAUCGAAAAAUCAUUUCGUCAGACGACCAAAAGUAAUCGAUAAAGCUCUUCAACGGUGGCUUGCUUCAAGAGAAACAGAAAUUUUUAUGUCCCGUUUCUAAUUAAUUAAUAGCCCUUAUAAGUUCCACAUGUUGCGACAUGCUUGCAAAAAUACUAAUUACACAGACUGCUAAACCGUUUCAUAUAUUCAAUAUGUAAUCAUUCGACUUCAA